CAUUUUCCUUCAUUACCCCACGAUUCUUAUUGUUUAUGCAAGGAAAAUUAAUAUAAAAACAAAACUUUUACAAAAAUAUUGAAGAAUUCCAUCAAAAAAACAUGGAAACACCACACAGUACAACAAAUACAAAGGAAUUUGAAGUUACGGGUGUUUCACGUAGCGGACGUGUACGUAAAAAGUCUUCCAAACUAUUAGAUUUUCAAUCACCCGAUGAAGUGGAAAGAAAAAUCUACAAAAGAACUACAGCCACCAGUCACUCGCCAAGAACUACAGCGACAAAGUAUUCGGGCCGCGGUAGACCUAGUUUAGCGGCCUUAAAGGCUCGCAAAGCGGCUCGUGUGGGGCCAGAUGAGGAAAAUGAUGUGGCAGCAGAUGAUGAAGAACCCGAUGAGGAGGUGAAAGAUAAAGAAGACAUGGAUAUAGACAAUCCCUCUAAGGAAACGGGAGAUGAGGAGGAGGAGGAAGAAGAAGAUGAAGAUGAUGAGGAUAUUAAUGAUGUUUUGCACAAUGCCAGUGGCCUAACAGCCGCAUCCGAUUCGGAUGAUGAUGGUUUUGGUGAAUUGGUGGCCGAUUUGGUGGGUACCGAAGCGGCCAAUUUGGAUGGCUCUGUAACCAACCAAAAGUCACCCUUUAGACAAUCCCUCUAUAUGACAGAGAAAAAUAAUAAGAAAUUAAAAGAAAAUAGAGUUGAGCGCAAAGAUAAGGGUAAAACACGCUAUACAGCUUAUAAUAUGUGGGCCCGGGAACAUCGCAAAUCUACCAAGUUUGGUAAGACCACAGAUAUGGAUCAUCAGGCGGCCAGACGUUUACAUGAACUCUGGUCAAAUGUUUCGAAUAAAGAGAAGAAUGCCUGGAAACGUAAAGCUAAAAUGCAGGCUACCAGAGCUAAACAAAGGGAAAGAUCGGGUAUAAAUCCCAUAAACAAAACAGCCCCUUUGCCAGGGAAUCCGCAACAAGCACAAAAUUCUUUUAUCAACAGACCUACCACAAGUCGUACCAAAAAAUUGGCUGAAGACAAACAGAAAGCUAAAGAUGAUAUGUUAGUGGUUAAACCCUCUACCAUUGCAGUUUCUACACCGAAAAGGCCACGCAACAAUUCGCACAGAAGAAAUCAUACAAACACAACAUCUACAAACAGUAAUAAUACUACAACACCCUUGUAUAUAGCCACCAAUGGCUCUACCAAUAAUUAUAACAAUACUCCCAAAACGGUGUCCUUGAAUAAUACCAAAACUCCCUUACCCACCAUUGAACCCAUUGAUGCGGCUGCCCAUUUAAAGCUGCUUGGUGAAAGUCUUAGUAUUAUCGGUGAUCGUCUUAAGGAACAUGAGGGCCAAAUUGCCGUAUCCGGCAGUUUAUCUGUGCUGCUGGACAGUUUACUUUGUUCAUUGGGGCCUUUGCUAUGCUUGACAACACGCCUACCCGGCUUGGACAAGAAACCCCAGUUGAAGGCAAAUUUGGCUACCACUUUGGAUAACAUAGCUUAUGUUAUGCCGGGACUGUAAGCUGAGGCUGAGGGUGUUAAGGUAACAUUUAUUUUUUAAGUUGAAAAUAAGCAGAAAUCAUAUUGGUUUAAAAGAAUAAAGAAAACAUUUUAACAAUAUAUUUACAAAGAACAAAUGAAGAA